CGGCAAGGAGAUCGAUCAAAUAGAUCGACAGCGCAUCGAGCUAGAAAAUGCGGAAAAGCUUUUCGACAUCCCAUUAACGGAUUACAACGAGUUUUUGAAAAGCAAACGGGAGUACGAGGAAAUGCAAGUGGUGUACAAGCUAUACGUGCAGCAAAAGGUUGCCCGAGAGAAAUGGUCCCUGACGCUGUGGGCAAACCUCAACCCGCAGGCACUGCUCGAGGGGAUCGAUAAUUUUAUGAAGGAAUUCCGGCAACUUUCCAAGCCCCUUCGCCAAGCACCGGUCGGUGAGGCGUUGAACACAAAGAUGAAGCAAUUCAAAUCCUCUAUCCCGCUGAUGCUAAGCCUCAAGGACGAGGCCUUGCGCGAUCGUCACUGGCAGAAGUUAAUGGACAAAACAGGUCAACAUUUUGACAUGUCCCCGGAUCGGUUCACGCUUGAGAACAUGUUCGCGAUGGAACUGCACAAGUAUCAAGAAAUUGCGGAGGAAAUUAUCAAUAAUGCCAUCAAAGAGCUUUCUAUUGAGCGGAGUGUGCAGGAAAUUGCGGAUAUCUGGAAGCGGAUGUCUUUCAACAUGGUUCGCUAUGAAAAAGGCGGUCGAAUGCGCGGAUUUGUGUUGGGAGCGACCGACGAAAUCACGCAGGUGCUGGAAGAAAACUCGAUGAAUUUACAAUCGAUGGCCGCGUCACAAUUCAUUGGACCAUUCCUGCCGACGGUGCAGCGAUGGGAAAAACACUUAACGCUGAUAUCGGAAAUCAUCGACGAGUGGAUCAGCGUGCAGCGGAAGUGGGUGUACCUCGAGGGAAUAUUUAUCGGCAGUGAUAUAAGCAGCCAAUUACCUGAUGAGGCGAAAAAUUUCGACACCAUUGACGAGCAGUUCCGCGAGAUUAUGGCCACCAGCACCGCUAAUCCGCUGGUCAUCGAUGUCUGUCUCGUGCCGGGCCGAUUUGACGAGUUUAUUCGACUGGGCGUUGCGCUCGAUGGUUGCCAGAAGUCGCUCAACGACUACUUGGAACACAAACGGAUGGCGUUUCCGAGGUUCUACUUCAUCUCGACCGAUGAGCUGCUAUCCAUCCUCGGUGACAGUGAGCCGACGUGCGUCCAGGAGCACAUAAUAAAGAUGUUUGAUAACAUAAAAUCUUUACGAUUCGCUAAAGAUCGAUUCGACACGCCGACUGUAACGGCCAUGAUUUCCGCCGAGGGCGAGGUGAUGGAGUUCGAGCACCACGUGCCGGUGAAGGAUCGGGUGGAAAAUUGGAUGAGCGAAGUGUUGACGGAAAUGCGUCGGACCAAUCGAUUCAUUACGAAGAAAGCAAUCUACCAUUACGGCAAGGAUCGCGAGCUGGCACGUCCUGACUGGAUUAUGCUCUACCAAGGAAUGGUGUGCCUGGCUGCGAAUCAGGUGUGGUGGACGGCGGAAGUGGAAGAGGUGUUCUUCAAGGUACGCCGCGGCAACAAGCGGGCCAUGAAGGAAUAUCUGCAGGAACAGAACCGCCAACUGGACGCGCUCGUCUUGAAAGUGCGUGCGAAUCUGUCACCCAACGAUCGGCUCAAGUUUAAGACGAUUGCUACGAUCGACGUCCAUGCUCGGGACAUUAUCGAAGGGUUUGUCCGCGACAGUAUCCUGGAUGCAGCGGAGUUUGGGUGGGAAAGUCAACUAAGGUUCUACUGGAUUCGAGAAAUGGACAACUUGUGCGUUUUGCAAUGUACAGGAAAAUUCGAUUACGGCUACGAGUAUAUGGGAUUAAAUGGGCGGCUCGUUAUUACGCCAUUGACUGAUAGGAUAUAUUUAACAAUCACCCAGGCCCUGACGAUGAAUUUGGGCGGCGCACCAGCUGGUCCUGCCGGCACGGGCAAAACCGAAACAACGAAGGAUUUAGCGAAGGCCCUGGCACUGCUGUGCGUGGUAACGAACUGUGGCGAGGGCAUGGACUUCCGUGCCGUCGGAACCGUCCUCUCAGGUCUUGCUCAGUGCGGUGCCUGGGGCUGCUUCGACGAGUUCAAUCGUAUAGACAUUUCGGUCCUGAGCGUUAUCUCCACCCAGCUGCAGACCAUUCGGACGGCGUUGGUUUCACGUGUUGAAACAUUCGCGUUUGAAGGAAAUGAAAUCCGGCUCGACGCGAAGGUCGGCGUGUUUAUAACGAUGAAUCCGGGAUACGCCGGGCGCACGGAGCUCCCGGAAUCGGUCAAGGCUCUGUUCCGGCCGGUCACCUGCAUCAUGCCGGAUCUGGAGCUGAUCUGUAUGAUAUCGCUCUUCUCCGACGGAUUCAUCAGCGCGAAGGUGCUGGCCAAAAAGAUGACCGUACUGUACCGGAUGGCACGCGAGCAGCUGUCCAAGCAGCAUCACUACGACUGGGGACUGCGGUCCCUGAACGCGGUCCUUCGCAUGGCGGGCGUGAAUAAGCGCAAGGCUCCGGACGUGCCCGAGGCGGCCACCCUAAUGCGCACGCUGUUCGAUAUGAAUUUCCCCAAAUUCGUGUUCGAUGAUGUGCCACUGUUUAUGGGUCUCAUCAAGGAUCUGUUCCCGGGCGUCGACUAUCCUCGGGUGGGUUAUCCGGACUUCAACGAAGCAGUAAAAGAGGUGCUCCUGGCGAACGGAUACAUUAUUCUUCAGAAACAGAUGGACAAAGUUCAGCAGUUGUACGAAACGAUGAUGACCCGACACUCAACGAUGGUGGUUGGGCCGACGGGUGGUGGAAAAUCGGUCGUAAUACGCACGCUGAUCGAAGCCCAGACCAAGAUGGGACUCCCGACGAAGUGUACCGUGUUGAACCCCAAAGCGUGCUCCGUGGUGGAGCUGUACGGGUGCCUCGACCCAACCACCCGGGACUGGGUCGACGGGCUGUUUUCAAACAUUUUUCGAGAGAUGAAUAAGCCCACCGAACGGGAUGAACGGCGGUACGUUUGCUUCGACGGCGACGUGGACGCCCUGUGGAUCGAAAACAUGAACUCGGUUAUGGACGACAAUAAGCUGCUGACGCUGGCGAACGGCGAGCGCAUCCGGCUGAACGGCUACUGUGCGCUGCUGUUUGAAGUCGGAGAUCUGGCGUACGCUUCGCCGGCCACCGUCUCCCGGGCCGGCAUGGUCUAUCUGGAUCCGAAAAACCUGGGCUACGCCUGCUACUGGGAGCGCUGGGUGCAGCAGCGCCCCACCGGCGAGCAGGAAGUGCUGCGGCGGGUGUACGGGGCCACCGUGCCCGGCGCGAUCGAUUACAUCUUGGAGGGCACCGACGGAAACAAUCAGGAGCAGCCGCUCGGUUUGGUUAUUGGGCAAACGAAUCUCAAUAUGCUGGUGCAGCUGUGCCAGUUUUAUGACUCGCUUUUCCCCGUGCAGACCCACCACCCCGAGGACGAGGGUGUCCUCGAGUGUGGGUUCAUCCAGUGUCUGUACCUUUCGCUCGGUGCGGCGCUGCUCGAGGACUCGCAGGUUCGCUUCGACGGAUUCGUCAAGCGCAACCUGGACCUGGUGGCGUGCGAAGACACCCAGGCCAGCCCGGCCACCGUCGGGCAGCUGCCGACGCAGAAACCGACGCUAUUCGAUUAUUUCUUCGACCUCGAGCGAAAGGUGUGGCUCGCCUGGGAGUGGGUCAUACCGGGCUACGUCCACGAUGCGUCACUCAACUUUAGCGACAUUCUCGUCCCGACGGUCGACACACUGAAACUCCAGCGGGUGCUCCACCUGAUGAACCGCGUACGCCGCCCCGUGGUGCUGGUGGGCGACCCCGGCACGUCCAAGACCGCAAUCAUUUCCCACUUUCUCGCCGGCCUAAGCAGGGACGCUUUCGUGGUGCUAAAAAUUAACUUCUCCUCGCGCACGUCCUCGAUGGACGUGCAGAAGGCGGUCGAGGCGGCGGUCGAAAAGCGCACCAAGGACAUUUUCGGGCCACCGGUCGGCAAGAAGCUGGUGACGUUCAUCGACGACAUGAAUCUGCCACAGGUUGACACCUACGGUACGCAGCAACCGAUAGCCCUGCUGAAGCUGCUGGUCGAGAACGAGGGCAUGUUUGACCGAUCGAAGGACUUGGGAUGGAAAAAGUUCAAAGACAUGUCCUUCAUAGCCGCCAUGGGACGCGCAGGAGGCGGCCGAAACGAGGUGGAUCCCCGGUUCGUGUCAAUGUUUUCCGUGCUGAACGUGACGUUCCCGAGCGAUGCCACGCUACACCAGAUCUACACGGCCAUCCUCCAGGGGCACCUGGAAGCGUUCCCGGCCGAGCCGCGAAGUGUCGGCCCCAAGGUGAUCGAGAUGACGCUGGCCCUAUUCAAGACGCUCGUCACCAAGAUGCCGCCGACACCGUCCAAGUUCCAUUACAUCUUCAACAUGAAAGACCUGUCGCGAAUUGUCGCCGGGAUGCUACAGAUCCACCCGAACUACUUCCGGGAGGCGCGACAGUUGGUGCGCGUCUGGAGGAACGAGUUUUCGCGCGUCAUCUGCGAUCGACUGAUAAACGAGCACGACCAGCGCUGGUUGGAGCAGCAGCUGAGCGAACGCAUCGUGGAGCAGUUCCCGGUGCCGCGGAGCUUCCGCCAUACGGUUCAGCUCGAGCCACGUGCGAGUCGCGGAACGGCGGAGUCACGUGGGAAAAGUCCCGCCGUGGAGCUGUCGGUCGCGCAAUACGCCCUCCGAAAUCCGCUCCUGUUUGGGGACUACCGUAACGCGGUGAACCCAACCGAGGAGCGCUACUACGAAGACCUGCUGGACUACGAGGCAAUCUACUUCCUGUUCCAAGAAAUCCUGAUGGAGUACGGUGAGCAGAGGGCAAAGAUGAAUCUCGUCCUGUUCGAGGACUGUCUCGAGCACUUGACAAGGGUGCACCGAACGCUGCGGAUGCAUCGCGGUCACGUCAUGCUGGUCGGAAUCGGCGGAUCGGGCAAGCAGAGCAUUACGCGGCUGGCGGCAUUCGCGGCCGGCUGUGACAUCUUCGAAAUCGUCCUCAGCCGAGGCUACGGCGAGGCGUCGUUCCGCGAGGAUCUCAAAACACUGUUCCUGCAGGUCGGUGCCAGAAACAUCAAAACCUGUUUCAUCUUUAAAGCGGCCCAAAUUGCGGAAGAAGGAUUUCUGGAGUUCAUAAAUAAUAUUUUAACCACUGGAAGCGUGCCAGCACUGUUUACCGACGACGAAAAGGAUCAGAUAAUUGGUCAGUGCCGGGCGGGCGCGGUGGAAGCGGGCUACGCGGCGAGCAAGGACGGCGUUUGGUCAUUCUUUCUCGACCGUGCCACUCGCAACUUGCACGUGGUGCUCUGCAUGUCGCCCGAGGGUGACGCACUACGGAAUCGGUGCCGCAACUUCCCGGGGCUCGUCGGGAGCACCACCAUUGACUGGGUGUUCCCGUGGCCGGAGCAAGCCCUGUUUGCCGUGGCGAAAGUCUUCCUGGCCGACCACCCAAAGAUUCCUGACACCUACCGUGAGCCCAUCAUCAACCACGUUGUCCACGUGCAUCAGUCGCUGAAGGACUACACGCUGCAGUAUCGCUUGAAGUUACGCCGGAGGAACUUUGUCACGCCCAAACACUACCUCGACUACAUCUCCACGUAUUUGAAGCUAAUAGAGGAGAAAGAUAAUUUCAUCAUGCAACAGUGCGCUCGACUAUCGGAUGGAAUCAAGAAAAUUAAUGAAGCCUCACAUCAGAUCGAUGAAUUGAGUAUCAUCGUCGAGGAGCAGCGAAAAAAUGUCAUCGAAGCGGCAGAGCGCUGCGAAUCGAUGCUGGCCGGAAUUGAGACAUCCACGGAGAAGGCCAACAUCAAGAAGCUGGAAGCGUCGGAAAAGUCGGUCGAGGUGGAGCAGCAAAAGAAAAUCAUCACCGUGGAAAAGGCCGAGGCCGAGGAAGCGCUGGCUGCCGCCCUGCCGGCGCUGGAGGUGGCCCGACUGGCGUUGUCCGAUUUGGACAAAUCGGACAUUACCGAGAUUCGCAGCUUCGCCACACCGCCGGAGCCGGUGCAGGUCGUGUGCGAGUGUAUUGCCAUCAUCAAAGGCUACAAGGACAUCUCGUGGAAGACGGCGAAAGGGAUGAUGUCGGAGGGAAGCUUCCUGCGAAGCCUACAGGAGCUGGACUGUGAUGCGAUUUCACAGAAACAGGUCGCUACGGUGCGGGCCAAUAUGAAGCGAUCACAAAAACUGGAGGAAAUGCAAACCAUAUCGAAGGCCGGCUACGGGCUGCUAAAGUUUGUCCGCGCCGUGCUCGGGUAUUGCGAUGUGUUCAAGGAGAUCAAACCGAAAAAGGAUCGCGUCGCCUUCCUGGAGUCGGAGCUGAACGGGCAGCUGCGGCUUCUGGUGAAGCUGACGAACGAGAUCGGCCGACUGGAGAACGAGUUGGGCGAGCUGAACGGCAAGUAUGCGAACGCGAUCAAGGAGAAGCAGUUGCUGCAGGAAAUGAUGGAGCAGGCGGAACGGCGCCUGCUGGCGGCGGACAAGCUGAUUUCCGGGCUCAGCUCCGAGCGGGACCGCUGGGCGAUCGAGCUGGAGGGUCUUCACAUCGAGCGGACGAAAGUCGUCGGAAACUGUCUACUGUCGGCCUCGUUCCUCGCGUACAUGGGCCCGUUUUCCUGGGAGUUCCGGAAGACGAUUCUGCUCGACGACUGGCUGGCGGACGUGCUGGAACAGCAGAUACCGUUCACCGAGCCGUACAGCGUCCGGGGGAAUCUUUCGAGCGACCUCGAGCUGAGCACCUGGGCCUCCGAAGGUCUACCACCGGACGAGCUGUCGGUACAGAAUGGAAUACUGACAACCCGGGCUUCGCGAUUUCCGCUCUGCAUCGAUCCGCAGCAGCAGGCACUGUCCUGGAUCAAGAAGCGCGAAUCACCCAACAACCUGAAAUCGCUCUCGUUCAACGACAAAGACUUUCUCAAGCAGCUCGAGAUGGCCAUCAAGUACGGUACGCCGGUGCUGUUCCAAGACGUCGACGACUACAUCGAUCCCGUGAUCGACAACGUGCUGGAGAAGAACGUCAAGGUCGCCGCCGGACGACAGGUCGUACGCCUGGGUGACAAAGAGCUCGACCUGGAUCCUAGCUUCCGGUUGUAUCUCACAACGAAGCUGGCUAACCCGACCUUCGACCCCGCGGUCUACGCCAAAGCGCAGGUUAUCAACUACACCGUGACGGAGAGCGGCCUAGAGGACCAGCUGCUGAGCGUGGUCGUACGAGCGGAACGCCCGGACCUGGAGGAGCAGCGCGAAACGCUGAUAGCGGAGACGACUGCCAACAAGGCGUUGCUGCAAAAUUUGGAGGAUUCACUGCUCCGCGAGCUCGCCACCUCCACCGGCAACAUGCUGGACAAUGUCGAGCUGGUCACGACACUCGAAAGCACGAAGGAAAAGGCCGCCGAGGUGGCACAGAAAAUUGCCCUCGCUGAGCAGACGUCGAAAGCGAUCGACCUGCUCCGCAACGGGUACCGACUGGCCGCCCAGCGAGGCGCCCUCCUGUACUUCGUGCUGUCAGACAUGGCGACCGUGAACGCCAUGUAUCAGUACUCGCUGUCCGCCUACCUGGAGGUGUUCGCGUACUCACUGCGCAAAGCCGUCCCGGACAGUGUGCUGUCGAAGCGGCUGGACAACAUCAUCGGCACGCUCACACGCAACGUGUACGAGUAUGGGUGCAUCGGGAUCUUCGAGAGACACAAGCUGCUCUACUCCUUCCAGAUCACCAUCAAGCUGGAACAGAACCGUGGCAACCUGUCGCAGGCGGAGAUUGAUUUCUUCAUCAAGGGCAACGUGUCGCUGGCGAAAAGCGAUCGUGGCUGCCCCGUGGGCUGGAUCAGCGACAAAGGUUGGCAGGAUGUGGUGAUGCUGAGUGAGCUGUUUCCGGAAAAGUUUGGCACCUUACCGCGUCACAUCGAGCAGAACAUCUACGAGUGGAGCAGUUGGUACGAUCUCGAGGACGGCGAAGCCGGCGAGUAUCCGGGGAAUUUCGAGCAACGGAUGUCCCCGUACGAUCACCUGUUACUGAUGCGCUGCCUGCGUGUGGACCGCGUCUACCGGAUGCUGAACGGCUACGUGGCCCAAACGAUGGGCGAGGAAUUCAUCACCCCACCGAUCCUGAGCUUCGACGCCAUCUACGAGCAGUCGGCCCCGACGACGCCGGUCGUGUUCAUUCUGAGCCCCGGUUCGGAUCCCACCAGCGACCUGAUGAAGCUGGCCGACCGGUGCGGUUUCGGGGCCGGCAAGUUCCGGCACAUUUCGCUCGGCCAGGGCCAGGAGCCGGCGGCCCUCGCCCUUCUCCAUGCCGCCCUCGAGCAGGGGCUGUGGUUGAUGCUCCAGAACGGACACCUGCUGAUCGGCUUCAUCAAGACGCUGGAGAAGACGAUCGAUUCCAGUGGAAAGCCGCAUCCGGACUUUCGGCUCUGGAUAACGACCGACGCGACGCCAACGUUCCCGAUCGGGAUACUUCAGAAAUCGUUGAAAGUCGUUACCGAGCCCCCGAACGGGCUGAAGCUGAACUUGCGGGGCACAUUUUUCAAGCUUCGCCAGCAGUCCCUGGAUUCCUGCACGCACCCCGCGUUCAAGCCAUUAGCAUACGUUCUGGCGUUCUUUCACGCUGUGCUACAGGAGCGGCGCAAGUACGGGAAGCUGGGCUGGAACAUUUGCUACGACUUCAAUGAGUCCGACUUCAGUGUUUGCAUUCAGAUUCUCGAUACGUACCUCUCGAAGGUGGUCGGAGGCCCCCGCGAGACUCGAGUACCGUGGAAUAGUUUAAAGUACCUAAUUGGCGAGGUCAUGUACGGUGGCAGAGUCAUCGACGACUUCGACCGGCGCGUGGUGAAGACGUAUAUGGACGAGUACAUGGGCGACUUUCUAUUCGACACGUUUCAACCGUUCAACUUCUACGCCGGCGACUCGUUCGUCUACCGACCGGUGCAAGCCACCGGCAGGGAUGAGUUUAUCGCCGCCAUCGACAAGCUGCCGCUCAACAACACGCCGGAAGUGUUUGGUCUGCAUUCGAAUGCUGAGAUCGGUUACUACACCAGCACGGUCCGUCAGACGUGGGCACACUUGAUUGAUUUACAGCCGCAAACCGGUGCGGACGUGGGUGGCACCGGCCGGGACGAGUUUAUCGAUAGGGCGGCCGUUGACAUUCUGAAAAAGCUCCCGAAACCGUUCGACAUCUGGCGGGUGAAGAAGGCGUACCAGGUCAACGUCACGCCGAUCUGCGUGGUGCUGCUGCAGGAGCUGGACCGCUUCAACCGGCUGAUACAGCGGAUCGACCACACGCUCCACCAGCUGCGGAAGGCGCUGGCCGGCGAGAUCGGCAUGGACGCGGUGCUGGACGACGCGGCUCAUGCAUUAUUUAACGGCCAGCUGCCCGACGACUGGCGAAAGCUGGCGCCCGCCACCUGCAAACAGCUCGGCGACUGGAUCGACCACUUGCUGCGAAGAUCGCAGCAGUAUAAAUAUUGGUCUGUCUCCGGUGAACCGCUGGUGAUGUGGCUGUCCGGGCUCCACGUUCCGGAAAGUUAUUUAACCGCAUUAGUUCAGAUCGCCUGCCGGAAGAACAACUGGCCACUGGACCGCUCGACGCUCUACACCUCGGUCACGAGAUUCUUGCGCGAAGACGAAAUCGAGGAGCGGCCGGAAGCGGGCUGCUACGUGACCGGUUUGUACCUCCAGGGUGCAAGCUGGGAUCCGGAAAACCGAUGUCUGACACGUUCGACACCGAAAGUGUUGGUGGAACCGCUGCCCGUGCUCUCGAUUGUCCCGAUAGAAACACAUCGGCUGAAAUUACAAAACACUUUCCGUGCACCGGUCUACACAACGUCGGAGCGACGGAACGCGAUGGGCGUGGGGCUGGUAUUUGAGGCCGACCUACACACCGAGGAGCACUGCAGUUUGUGGGUCUUGCAAGGAGUAUGUUUAACGAUGAACCUGGACUAA